UUGUACUUUAACAAACAUAGCGGAUGGCGGUAUGUGAGGUUGGCGAACUUCACGAGGGGAUUACAUAGGAGGGAAGUCCGUUUCAGAGCUUAAGGUGGCGGUAUAUCCGGGUGGUGAUAUGUCGAGGGUAGACUGUAGAACAUAUCAAAACACAAAUAACAAAUAUGUGCAUGACGUACCAAAUAAACAUUUGUGUAUUUGUUACAUAGAUUUGAACAGCAUUCCCACUAUAACCAACCUACCAGAAGAGGUGAGUGUGCUAGAGUCUCUAGCCAGUGGAUCCGUCAUCUACACACUUACCGUUAACGAUAAUGAUGCUGCGGACGUACUGUCCUACACAGUAAAUGUCAACCCUGUAACGGACGCCGCACUCUUCACUCUCGAUACACUCACUAUGGAAGUGAAACUUAGCACUGGGAGUACCUUUAACUAUGAACAGGCAACACGGACGUACAACCUCACGUUCCUUGUCUCUGAUACAAAGACGGAGACAGGUCCUUACUCCUUAGUUGUUAAUAUAUUAAACGCCAAUGAACCAUGUUACUUCCAGAACAGUUUAUACUCUGUGGCGAUGAACGAAGCCGGAAUAGGCGGCUACCCAGUUGACCCGAACUUUGUUGUAAACGAUUACGAUGGAACCUCAACCUACACGCUUGGUCUAUUAGCCGGAAACAACAGCGGCCGCUUCAGUAUUGAUUCCAACUCAGGAAUAAUCAAUUUCGCUACUGUCUAUGACGUCGACCAGAAUGCCAUGCCUUCAACGGUGCAGCUAACUGUCCAGUGUGUUGACCCUACGUCACUCACGGGUACAACACUCCUUCUUAUCACUAUUGCGGACGUGAAUGAUAACGAUCCAGUCUUCAGUCAGGGCUCCUACUCCUUUUCCGUCAACCAAAACACCGCUCUGGGUACUCAGUUAGGGGUGUUGGUGGUUACCGAUAGCGACUCUGGGACGAAUGCUGAAUACACAUGUAGUGGCACGUCCACCAACAACGCCCUGGGAUCGUCCUAUUUCAGCAUAGGUACGUCAGACUGUGGAGUCUACGUAUUAUCUACCACUGGCCUAACGGACAAUCAAAUCGUAACGUUUGCAGUGACUGCAACAAACAAAGGUUCGCCUGCCCGGACAGGUACCACCUUAGUUAGUGUAACAUAUACCAUAGUUACCACGACAACAACUACCACUACCACAACUACUACUGCCACUACCACGACGACGAUGGACCCACUCACACAGCCGGGAACUAUUGCCGCUAUCGUCAUAGGAUCUAUCGUGGGUGCCAUUCUGCUUGGACUGCUGAUUUACUUCCUGUGGCGGUGGUGUUACACUGGGGCAUGCUGUGGACCUCAUUCUUGUGAUUUCGCGAAUUGCUGCCAGAGGACACAGCAACAAAAUUUUCCGCGCCGCCAAGUUACACCCCAAGAGAGGCAUUUUGUGAAAAGAAGCACCAAGAGAAACUGCGGAAGAAUUUAAAUACAGACGGGAUGAUACAGACCUAGGAUCGACGAAGCCUAAACAUAGUGACUACCCUACGCGUCAAUGGCGUUCAACCGGACAACGUGAUUAUAUGGACUUCCCCCAAGCCGUCACCCCUUCCGAUGUCCCCCUGGAAAUAAGUCAGAGCCGAAAGAUUAUCGGAUAUACACCCGUAAUCAACAGGCCUGCCCCGAUUGGUUACCUAUAAAUAGCGUGUCACAAACGUGGCAAGGAUGUACGUGUUCAAACGAAUAGCGUUCCUAAAAUGCCAUUAAUGCAUAACAUACUAUUCCUUUAGGGAACAACCAACCAAUUGAAAAAAUAUAUUUUUGAAACAGCCCCUGUGUAUAGAACGUUGAGG